AUGACGGAGCAUUGGUUUCUUGUCUUCUUGCUCACGCUCCAAAUGUCGUGGGUUGAUGCGGUGUGCUACAGCUCGGUGGUCUGCCGCAACGAUACGUCGCCAACCCGCAUGUGCAGCACGUACGGUCCGAAGGCCGCCGUGUUUGACCCGACCAACAGCACGCGCUACGGCUCACAGUGCGAGUGCCUCUACGCCAAGUGCUUGGACCGCAAUGUGCAAUGCUACGCAGCGCCGAUCGACGGCCAGUGCCCGGUCGUCGCUCUGGAGCAGCUCAACGCCGUUGGCGUCGACGCCGUGCGCCCGGUCUGCGGCUCGAAUGGUGUCACGUACAACAGCUACUUUCACCUCAAGGUCGCCCGGCGCCUCGAUGCCCGAAUCCAGUUUGUCGCGUCGUUUGCGUGUCCGACGCCCUGCGCUGGUGACGACUGCCCGCGCUCGUACAAUGCGAGCCAGCCAACGUACGAAGCGUGUGCCCGCAGCGUCCGCCCAUGCAACGCAACGCGGGCCAAGAUCUGCGCGACCGACGGCGUGACGAGCCCCGUUUUUUUUCAAAACGAGUGCUACCUCGCGUUCGGGCAGUGCCUCAACCCCAGCCUACAGUCGACGCCGGGCAACCCGCGCUGCCCCAAGUCCCUAAAUACCUACUCGGCUUCCGUGGUACCGACCGUGGUUGACGAUCAAAGUGGUGCGACGGCCGGCAUUGGGAAUGGCUCAACCAAUGGCAGCGGCAGUUCUGUCACGAGCGGCAGUGGGUUUAAUGUCUCGACCUUUGGCAACUUUUCCGAGGGCAGUGGUCACACCAAUCCCCCCGAGAGCGGUGGCUACACCUAUUCUCCCGAGGAUUCCGCGCUAGAGUUCCAAAAUAUUGUGUUCUACGUCGGUGAGAGUCUCCGAACCGACUCGGCGAGCGAAGAUGCCCCCAAGCAGCCAAUCACGACGCCACCGCCCGUUGCCAUGAGCGCGGGUCGACGCACCGCCGUCAUCAUUGUCGUACUCUUUGGUUGCAUCGUCUACAGUACAGUCCUGUAG